ACCGCGCUGCGGCCGGAGAGGCGACCAGUGGCAUUCCGUGCCGUCGGACGAGGCGGUGCGAGACCAUGUCCGACUCCGGGUCUCACGGAGACGAGAGCGACAGUUCGAGCACCGGGCCGGACGCGUCUCCGUCCAACAUCACGGACGCGGUCAGCAGGGUGCUCAAGGGCUACGACUGGACGUUGGUGCCGAGCCCGGUGAAGCAGCCGGCGCCGGACAAGAGCAAGCGGCAGCACGUCAAGCGACCGAUGAACGCCUUCAUGGUCUGGGCCCAGGCGGCGCGCAAGAAGCUGGCCGACCAGCACCCGCACCUGCACAACGCCGAGCUUAGCAAGACUCUCGGCAAGCUGUGGAAGUGA